AUGCGCGAGUUCAUGGACUAUGUCCACAGCGCAUUCUACGAGGCGACUGGCUGGAAUCGCGAUAACUCGUAUGCGGCUCUCAACGCUACAUCCGAUGCGCUGUUAGACUUUCAGACCCCCCGGGGUCUUCGACUGACACUUUCCUCCCUCGCGAGCGCCAACUUUGCGACCUCAUAUCAACUCGGCUCCGUCGGUGUCGUAGACGGAUCAAUAUCCUACCUCUUCUCAUCGGUCCCCUUGCGCGUCCACAUCACACCGCAAUCAGAAAAUGUAUCCCUUCCAAGCUUGCUACGCUCAUAUCGACCGCUCACACCACUCUCCAUCCGAGAUAAAGAAUCCCUCCAGACACUACCCGACACCAGCAAACCCGAGUCAUCCCUCUUCUACGGCCGACUAUACCUCCCACAAUCACAACUCGAAGCCCUCGUAGUCAGAAGGCUCUCCCCUGCCCUACAACUCCAACUCAGCGCCGUAUCAGCGAAAUACCUCCGAGACGGCGGCACAAUCCUCGGCCUGGCACAAUACGACGUUGGAAGGUAUGCUUUCGAAGGACUAGCCUCCUCAGAUGGCGGACUCCUCGGCCUAAGAGGCAUCUACAACUUCGGAGGGGACGCGCACCCUUCUCCCACUGACGGCACGAACCACGGUGAAAAGGAGCGCAUAUACGGACGUUUCAGCACCGGCGGCGAGAUAUACUACGGCACGUUGAAUAAAUCCGGAGGCAUCAGCCUGGGAACCCGCUUCGCCACUCUCCCCACGCACAAUGGCACCCCGCUCUCAGCUACGUUGACGAUGAAUCCGCUCAUGGGAAACAUAGCGGCUAGUUAUGCGGUCGUUGCCGGCAAACACUGCAGCUUAGCAACGCGCAUGGAGUUCAAUGUGUUUAGCUACGAGAGCGCAUGGGCUGUAGGCAUGGAGCUUUGGAGGAAGCCACUACGGCGGCUGAGUGUCCAGGAUAGACCCUGGGAGAAGUACGGGGAGAGAAGUUUCCAGGCAAAACUGGAAUGGAGACUGGACGAACCACAGCCUACGCCGGCGCCAGAACCGGACAAGAUAUUGGCGGUCGAGAAGGGCAAGCGUGAGGAGUAUGCUGGCGUUUUGAAGGCGAGGUUGGAUCAGAAUCUGAGGAUUGGCAUUCUGUGGGAGGGCAGGGUGAAGAGCUUGCUGUUUAGUUUGGGCAGUGGUAUUGAUUUGAGAAAGUUGGAUAAACCGUUUCGGACGCUGGGGCUGGAGAUUCAAUUUUCCUCAUGA